ACUUGUUCUGUAUACAAAACUAGUUGUCUAUUUUUACUUGUCCGGUUUGAAAAUUCAAGAGAUUAUUACCAUUUCAUACCUAUUUUAUCCUUAUUAUUAAUUAUUGAGUUGGAAAGUUCAAGGAAUUUUAAGUGACUGCACAAUUUUUGAAGUAUGUAUUAUUUAUUUCAAUCAUUAGGUUAUUUAACAAUAAUUAGGGGUAAUAUAGUAAAAUUGACAUUCUAUUUUUAGCUCCUUAAUAAACGUGUCAAGUCAAUACAUAAAAAUGGACGGAGUAUUAAAUGUUGAGUUCCCGAAAAACGAAUUUAUAUGGUCAGAUAAGCACGGCUAGUGCCCGCUAGUGUACAAAGAGCUGAAAAAUUAGAAAACUGCUCAAAUGACAGACAAAAUCCAUAUUCCUUAUUUGACCAAUUAAUCCUAUCACUUCUCUUGAAAACAUUAAAAAAUUUAGAAAACCAUAUGCCGGGCUAUAGCCAUCUCCCUAGGUUCAAACCAAACACCUAAGCCAUUUAAAAAGACUCAACUUUUCAUUAUUCAACAUGCCAAAUGCCCAUCCCUUCAUAAUUUAGUACUACUAAAUUCUUUAUACUUUUGUUCAUCCUACUCUGUGUGAUUGUCUCAUUACCCCUUUAUCCUUUUACACCUUUUAAUCAUGUUUCUGUAUUUGUUAGCAAUUAUUCCUUUGUGUUUCCUUCUGAAGUUUGUAUCAAAAACCUCUCUACUUCACAUUUUCAAGAAAUGGUUACGUUUAUUAGAAGACAAAUGUUAUGUGUACCAGUUCUACAAAGUCCCUGAAUUCAACCACAACAGGCAAGAAAAUCAACUCUAUAGAAAAAUCAGCACUUACCUGAAUUCUUUACCCUGUGUUGAAGAUUCCGAUUUCACCAACCUUUUCUCUGGAAACAAGUCCAAUGAAAUCAACCUCGUUCUUGACACCAAUCAGAACAUCGUUGAUAGUUUCCUCGGGGCCAGAGUUACUUGGAUCAAUGAAAAGAAUGAAAAAACCUGUCUGAAAUCAUUUGUCCUGAAGAUAAGGAGGAACGAUAAACGUCGAAUUCUCCGUCCUUAUCUUCAACACAUACACGCUAAAUUCGAUGAAAUCGAGCAGAGGAGAAAGGAAGUGAGAUUGUUCGUCAACUUAAACGAUGAAACGGAUGGAAAUAGAAAGUGGAUAGCAGUGCCGUUUACUCAUCCGGCAACAUUUGACACUGUCGUGAUGGAACAUGAUCUGAAGAACAAGGUAAAAGCUGAUUUAGAAACGUUUCUAAAGUCAAAGCAGCAUUAUAAUCGAAUAGGACGGAUAUGGAAACGGAAUUAUUUACUAUACGGACCUUCUGGCACAGGAAAAUCAACACUUAUUGCAGCAAUAGCAAAUUUCCUGAACUACGACGUGUACAACGUCGAUUUAUCAAAAAUCUCCGAUGAUUCGGAUUUAAAACUACUUCUUUUGCAGAGCACAAAUAAGUCGUUGAUAGUCAUCGAAGAUCUCGAUAGUUACUUAUGUAACAAAUCAACGACUCUAAGCUUGUCUGCUAUUCUCAACUUCAUGGAUGGUAUCUUUUCGUGCUGUGGGGAUGAGCGAAUUAUGAUAUUCACAAUGAACAACAAAGAUCAGAUUGAUCCAACGGUUCUAAGGCCUGGAAGAAUUGAUCAUCAGAUAUACUUCCCUUUAUGUGAUUUCAAUGCAUUUAAAAGUUUAGCUAGUAGUCAUUUAGGUUUGAAAGAUCACAAGCUUUUCCCACAGGUAGAGGAAAAUUUUCAAACUGGGUCGGUUUUGAGUCCGGCUGAGAUCAGUGAAAUCAUGAUAUCGAACCGGAGUUCGCCAAGUAGGGCGUUGAGGUUGGUGAUUUCUAGUCAUCAGAGUAAUAGUAAGCUCGUUCCUUCGAUAAAGACAUCUGAUAAAAUUGAAACGAUACAGAGUAACAAUGAGGUCAACGUAGCGCCUAAGCAUCCACUAUGGUUGAGCAAAUCUAGAUCGGUUCGGCCCCUGGAGGAAUCGGGUGAAUCAGGUACGUAUCCAGAACCACAACCACAAGGAUUGUUCAAAUCUAAAUCGGUUCGACCCAUGGGGGAAUCGGUUGAUUCGGGUACAUUUGGCAAGGAAAGUGUUAACGAGCUUAGAAAAUUCUAUGGACUUAUAAGAAUAAAGAGUAGUAGGAAGAAACCCCAAUCUUUCGAUUUGGAUACCUCCGAAAAAUAAAAUUCUAGGCAUGGUAGCUAGUUAGCAUGAAAAUUGUGUUUGUUCAAAUAGGCGUGACAUGAAUUUUAGUUUUGGGGAUCCAACAAUUAAUGGACCCUUUGUUAGAUAAUCAUCUGUGUCUUUAGUGUUCCAAUAAUGAAAAGUAAAUUUAGAGUGAGACAGUGAGACUUUCACAUGAGUUGAUGUAUGUAGGAUUCAUUAUUGUCCUAUUAUUUGAUUCGAGUUUUAGAAAUUUACUGAUGGCUCUAUCUGA